CCUAGCAGAGGUUGUGACUGUAUAAAAAGUCUCCUGGCUAUAACACACCCAGAGGAGACAUCAGAACCAGCAACCAGAGGAAAAAUACUGUAUUUACAACAUGUGGCUUUUGCAAGUCGUGUUCCUGUUGGCCAUGUGGGCCUGUCUCACAGAUGUGGCUCAGACUGAAGGGAGCUUGUUACAAUCUAUAGCUUCCAGCAUGGCAGCACAACGCUCCAGGCGAAUGGUCGGUGGUAUCUUGGCACCCCACGUCCCUUGGCAGGUCAUGGUCCUCCUGUCUGAUAGUGUGCUGGAUGGUGGCCACACAGGAGGAACGCUCAUCGCUGACCGCUGGGUUUUGACAGCUGGCAGAAAUCUGUUUGCCAAGAAACGUCGGCAGGACAAUCUGGGGAAAAGUCCUGCCAUUCCUAAAGUGUACGUGGGAAUUACAGAACAGGCAGAAAUGAACACAACUACAGAGGCUGAAGUAGACAAGGUUUUCCUCCACCCUGGCUUUCAAAACAAAUCUGACUGGGAUAAUGACCUGGCUCUGAUCCAGCUGAAGGAGCCUGUGAUUGUAGGGGAGAGAGUGACCCCUCUCCCUUUGCCAGAGAGAGGCCAGGACCUGGCUGACACUGAGGGAACAUUAGGAGCCAUCAGCGGCUGGGGCUUCGGAGCAUACUUCACCUCUGCUAAAUCACUCAAACACCUGGUGGUUCCUGUGGUCAGUCAGGCCUCCUGCACGAAAGAAUUUGAACACCUGUGCCCAACAGCACCAGUUGUGGACAACAACACUUUCUGCACAGGGUCGACCAUAUACAGUGAAAAUGUCUGCAUUGGCGAUGCAGGAGGUGCUUUUGCAGUCAAAGAUCCUAACACUGGCACCGUGUACGCAGCUGGGAUCUUGUCGUAUGACCAGCCCUGCCGGGUUCACAAGUUUGCAGUUUUUAUGAAGUUAUCGUCAUACCUGUCGUGGAUCCACAGCGUCAUCAGGGGUGAUACAGAGAGUUCGUUUGCUGUGCGUUCAAAUGCCAUGGCUCAGAUGUUAAAGUCGCUGUAACUCUUCAGCCUCCAUUCUGUUGAAUUUGAUAAAGAAACCACUUAGCUAUUUGAUGAAUAGAAACACAGAUUAUGAAAUCAUUGCUACACUAGAA